GUUAAAUCAAAGCACAGUCAGAGCCAAUGUGCGAAGCAAGUAAGAAGUGUCGUUGGCAUCGCGGCAUUCGCACUGGUGAAUGCUAAUAGAGAAAAUUGAUCGUGCGCGGUUUCUCGAUUCAUAAAAGCCAAGAUUUCUAUCUUGAAGGGUGGUAUUUCCUACGCGAUCGAAGGCCGACUGAGCUGGUAGUGUAGUGAUAAAUUAUGAUUACAAGGUACAGCCAUGUGGUAACUGUGGUGGUAAUUGCGCUUGCUUCACAUCUGGUCAACGCCCAAAACCGAGCUGGAUGGGUACAGAAUCCUCCUGAAAAUGCAGUCUAUUUGCAGCAGCAAAGUCAACAGCCGACAGUGUCACAAUCCAGGCCAAUAUAUUUCCCACAGGGCCAAACCAUUAAUCCCGCAAGGGUAUCAACAGCCCCGCCACCUCCGGCUCCUUCUUUUAGCCAAGGUCAAACAAAGUUCCAGUAUGACGCAGCAUCUUUUGCCGUCACUGAACUCGCCAGACAAGUUGGAGCGGUUCUUGGACAACAAAGCAAUGCCGGAGUUUUCUCGCCCGUUAGUAUUGCCUGUGCCUUGUCGCUUCUGCUGCUUGGAGCGAGGGACGAAACACGUCGGGAACUGAUGCAGGUGCUAAAUUUUAACCCCAACGAUCAAGACCCCAAUGGAAUUCAUCGCCAGUACGGUCGACUUCUACAGGAAAUAGCGUCUACGGCACCCGAUGCCAUUCCUGUUGCUUGGCGCAGAAAUGACCGUUGCAGCGAUGAAGAUGACGACGACUACAAACAAGAAAGCCAAAUAACACACCUAGCCAAUGCUGUAUUUGUACAGAAAGACUUGAAAAUUGAUAACAGCUUCAUCCAUUGGUCAAGAGCCUUCUACAAUAGCUCCAUCAAAAACCUGGAUUUCGCAAAUAAUCCACAAAAGUCAGCGUUCCAGAUCAACCGGUGGGCUCACGAAAACACUUUUGGUAAAAUUAGCCAGAUCGUGCCCAACUCGGUCAACCCCGACACCCAGAUGAUCGUCGCUAAUGCGCUGUACUUCAAAGGACUUUGGAAGGAGGUCUUUGAGAAACAAGCUACCGGUUAUAAAAAGUUCUAUCCUGACGGCCACGCAAAUCCCUCAACGGCCAAGGACGUCCUCACCAUGGCAGCAAUCGGCUGCUUUCCCUACUUUGACUCCCCUCAGUACGACGCCCGAAUCGUAGGCCUUCCAUAUCAGGGCGAUAAGACAGCUCUCUACAUCAUCAUCCCGAACAACUCCUCCCGGCAGAGAAUGCAGCAAUUUCAGCAACGGCUAACCGCCAAGGACAUCGGUGCCAUGGUAUCGCAAAUGACCGUCCGUAAGGCCCUGGUGCAGAUUCCGAAAAUGAAAAUCUCCAACACGAUCAACCUUCGGGACGUGCUCCAAAAGCUGAGGCUCCGGACGAUUUUCAGUCCAUCGACCAGUAAUUUGUCAGCGAUGUUGGACAAUUCGAGUGGACAUGAGCGGCUGUACGCCAGCGAAAUCAUCCACAAGGUGGAGCUGGACGUUAACGAAGUUGGGACGGAAGGAGGUGCUAUUACAGCAUCCACGAUCUUCCGGUCGCUUCCGUCGGUGCAGAUUCGAGUAGAUACCCCGUUCCUUAUGCUGGUUGGCCACGAUGCCACCCGAUUGCCCCUGUUCUACGGCAGCAUAUACGAUCCGACCGGUUGAUAGAGUGUCGUUUGAUUGUGAGAAAUUUGCCUUGCCCAAGUGUGAGUGUAUGAGCGUUUGAUUGAUUUUACGUGCAAUGUGUGAAUCUGUGAUUUUUUUUAUUUACUAGUAGUAUCUGAGAAUGAAUAUAAAUACAAAGAACAAUACUCAUAAAAAAGGCGUUUGUUUCUGUUCUUAAAAAGAGAUACGGUGAUCGACGGAAUGUGAUUGAUAUUCUCUGGGGAUUUUUCAUUCUCAUUAAACAAGAACGUUAUGCUGUUGACAAAGUGACAUCAGAUUAUUCUGCUUCAAUACACGUUGGAAGCGAGAUUGGAAUAAAUAAAUUGACAUUUAUUAGCAUAA